AUGCAGUCGGCUGGCGUCAGCAUCCAGGAUCUUCUCAAGGUCCGACAUUACAUCGUCAAUUAUGAACAAACAAAAUUGGGGCCCCUAAUGGAGGCUAUGGCGUCAGUGUUCGGCAUUCAUGAAUCUGAAAAUCUACCGGCUUCGCUCCUCGUCAGUGUUCCCUCACUAGCGGACCCGAGGUUUUUCUACGAGGUCGAAGCCACCGCUGCAAUCAGUGGGGCUAGGUCUAUAACACCCGAACCAGCCGCUCCCGCACUCCAGGAUGUUACAGAAACCGACGUCGUUGUUGUCGGCGCGGGACUGAGCGGUCUUCAGGCUGCUGUAGACUUACAGAGUGGUGGUCUCCGCACGCUCAUCUUGGAGGCAACGGAUUGUGUUGGGGGUAGAACGUUCUCUGUUAACUCGACGUCCUGCUCUUCCAAUAAAGUUGAUCUUGGUGGCGCAUGGAUCAAUGAUACUAAUCAGAGCCGUGUUUGGGCUUUGGCUAGGAAAUAUGGCAUGCAGACCGUGCAACAGCCAAGGGGGGGUCUCAAUAUCAUGAUCCAGGCCGAUGGUUCUGUUCAUAAUUUUCCCUAUAGCCAACUAACGCCAGAUCGAUCCGUAGACGAGGAGCAUAUCAUUCCUUUUAUUCUAGCUGUCGACGAGCUCGCCAAGACGAUAGAUCCUAAACGUCCAGAAAAUUCGCCGAACAGUUUUCGUCACAUCCCACGGUCCAUCAAACAGCAGGCUCGCUCACUAGAGCCAUGUUCAGCUCUGAGCCAGAUGAAUUGA